UUUCAUUUGUUAAGUUGUGAAGUGAACUUCUGACAGCUCCACAUCAGAUCUCAGCAGUAUGAGUGGACUCAAAGUCCUGGUUGUCAUAAUCUGGAUGUUCAGAGGUGCUGCCAGCGACAAAUGGGAAAUUAAGAUGCCUAAGAAAAUAGAUGCGAUAAGUGGCUUCUGUGUUCAAAUUCCAUGUCAGUUUGAGAUCCCCGAGUCAUUCAAACAGUACCUAAACAAAUCGGUAGAGGCAAUUUGGAAAAAAACAAGCAUUGAUGGGCCAAACGUGCUUAGCUCAGAAAAAACAGUGUCUCUUCUAAAAGGAAAUGUGAUUGGCAACAUCUUAGAUAAAAAUUGCACCACUGUGUUUCACAACUUUCCUGAUGGAUUCAGUGAAACAUUUUUCUUCAGACUUCAGGGUCCUGAACCUCUCAUGUACACAUUUCAGCAAGGAGUAAACAUCACAGUCCAUAAAGAUGUUCCCCCGCCUAUCUUGAGCUCAUAUGUUCAGGGGAUGGAAGUUCUAGAGGGCACCAGGUUAACACUGACCUGCUCCACUGUGAUCGCAUGUCCCUCAAUCCAACCUUGGAUGCAGUGGAACCCACAGCUAGGAGAACAGCUCACACCAGCCCUACAGGAGGAUGAAUUUGGACAGACACUGUUGGCCUCAUCUCAGAUGUUCAAUGCGAUUCCUCUAAUUGACCACCUGAAUAUCUCCUGCUCUGUUUUGUACUCUCAGGGUGCCAAAAGACCAGCUGAAACCAGCGUUACCUUAAGAGUGUUGUAUGCUCCCAGAAACACCAUAGCCCUGGUCAGUCCAUCGGAUCCAGUGUCUGAAGGCAGUGUGGUGGUGCUGAGCUGUCAUAGUGAUGCCAACCCUGCAGUUCAGCGCUAUGAGUGGUACAAAGACAGUGGAAUUGGAAAGCUAGAGUUACAGAAUCAAGGACAGACUCUAACAUUGAUAGCCAGAAGUACCGUUCAGGGUCUGUAUGUCUGCAAGGUCUACAACAACUACGGGACCGACCAAUCAAGGCCUGUCGCUGUGGGCAUAAAUAGUUGCCAGUGCUCCAUUGCAUUGUACAUUAUAUGUGGACUUCUGACUUUUUUCUUAAUUCUUAUUACUGCAGUGGAUUUGGUCAAAUACAAAAGCCUGUUAAAAAGACUUCAGGUAAGUGUGACACCAGCAUAAAUCAUAUAAGCAGAUAACUGAUAAAUCAAGCAUUCUGUGUUAGUUCAGACAGGCUUUGUUGUCAAGCUCCGCUAUAUCAGCUGAUUGGAAAAUUCAAACCCAGCCCCUAUCAGCUGAUCCAAUUCCUAUCCACUCUUAAACAGGGCGCCUUACUUAAAUGCAGCUUUGGUCAGCUUGCUUUGCUCCUUCCUUGCAUGCUGUUCUCUGGGAAUUUUUGUGCUGCUCUCCUAUUCUUAAAAUGGGAGGGUUGCCCCUAAAUCUGCUGCCAUUUGCUUGUCUUAGCCUUCAUGGAGCUCAUGUAAAGGACAGGAAAUUUAGAACAGAGCCAUACCGCCAAAUGUAACUUUGCAAUCAUGCCAAUAAAGUUGAAGUUAAAGGUUUGUCUAAGGUUUUCUCUUUGACUUAAGAGGUCCUGACUAAAACAGAAUAUCAUAGCACAAACUUUGCUUUCA